AUGCUGUGUCGGCUGCGUGGUGUGCCGGUGGAGUCAGUGCUGCCGCUGCGGCUCUCGGGCGGUGCGUUCGCUGUUUGGUCACAGCUGCCCGCCCACAGCCAGUCCUCGCUGGUGGCCGUCCGCGGCGCACCGUAUGCAGCCUUCGCCCUUGACCAGCACGCAGCGUACGAAGCCUUCUCAGCACGGCGGCUGAGGCCGGGGGAGUCAGCUGACGUGUUUCUGGCCGACCUGCGGCGGUUGGCGGCCCUGUUCGGCGGACUGCCAGAGCGCGCGCUGACCUGCGCGUUCGUCGCGGGGCUGCCGGACGACGUCCGCCAGACCAUUCGCGCCGGCUCCAAGGCUGAAGGACUGGACCUGACUACCAUCGUGGUUCGCGCUCGAGCCAUUCUCAGCACACUGAGCGGUGCGCUGCCCAUCACGCGGCUGAGGGUGGAAGGCCGCGAGUGCAGCGUCCUGAUUGACACCGGCAGCACAGAGAACAUCAUUUACGCUCCCCACUGUACGCAGUGGAGACCGCGGCAGGUGCGCGUGACCACCAUCAGUGGGGGUCAGCUGGAGUGCUGCGGUGUUGGCGCCGUGGUCGUGGAGGCGCCGACGGGCCACCGCGGCACACUCGAGACGGUGGUGGUGGAGAAGCGGCCUCUGGGAGUGGAUAUGGUCCUCGGGAUCGCAGGCGUCUCUGCACUGGGUGGCGUGACCGUGCUCUCCCCAUCUGAGGUCCGCUUUUGUGGAGCGGUGUGCGGUGAGCCACUGGGCGUGGAUGCGCCGGACUUCCGUGUGUGCUUUGACUCGGCGGAGCGGAGAUGGACCGUGGCCUGGAAAUGGCGUGACGGCGAAGGUCCCGAGUGCCUGACGAACACUGUCGCCCAGUAUACAGUGCCGUCAGCCGCACGCCGUGAAUAUGACGCGGAAUUGGACGCAUGGAUCGCACAGGGCUGGCUAGUGCCGUACGAUGAGGACCGCCAUGGGGCGGCGAAGGGGCUGGUGCCGCUGAUGGCUGUGCAGCAGAGCAACAAGGCCAAAGUGCGCCCGGUAAUGGAUUACCGCGAGCUGAACGGUUUUGUAUCGGCUCACACAGCCGAUGCUGAUGUGUGUGCUGAUCAGCUCCGGAAGUGGCGCCGUCAUGGCGCAAACGUGGCGGUGAUAGACCUAAAGCGCGCCUACCUGCAAGUGCAUGUAGAGGAGCGGCUCUGGCCGUACUAG